UGGAGUGUAUGGAAGAUGUGGUGUUGCAAUGAGAUCUAUAUCCCACAUUGCCGACCGGUGAAAGAGUGAUGUAGGAGCUUCACUCAUCUCAACACAUGCAAAACAAUAAAGCAUUCACACUCUUCAUCUUCCAAUAAACCCUUCUUCACUUUCAUUCAUUCCCACUUGCAUUCAUCAACGCGCCCAGCUCCAAAACGCCAAUCCCCAAUGCUGUUUUGAUCCCAUCCAAUACGGUUUCCGAUGGGUCACGUGAACCUCCCUGCCUCAAAGCGCGUGGGUGGCCCUCGCCAGUGGCGCGUGCUGGACGUCGUCACCGCGGCGUUCUUCGGCCUUGUCUUCCUCUUCUUCGUCCUCGUCUUCACGUCCCUGGGGGACUCGCUCGCCUCCUCAGGCCGCCAGACGCUGCACCUCUCCACCUCCGAUCCGCUUCAGCGCCUCCGCGUGUCGGCGGCCAUUGAGGCUGGGCAGCCGCUCGUGAUCGAGGCCUGCCCCGCCGACACCGCCGACCACAUGCCGUGCGAGGAUCCGAGGCUGAACAGCCAGCUGAGCAGGGAGAUGAAUUACUACCGAGAGAGGCACUGCCCGCCGCUGGAGAACACGCCACUCUGCCUCGUCCCGCCGCCCCCCGGGUACAAGGUGUCGGUGCAGUGGCCGGAGAGCUUGCAUAAGAUAUGGUAUAGCAACAUGCCAUACAACAAGAUUGCUGACAGGAAAGGUCACCAGGGAUGGAUGAAGAUUGAAGGUCCGUACUUUAUAUUUCCUGGAGGUGGCACAAUGUUUCCAGAUGGAGCAGAGCAGUAUAUUGAAAAACUUGGUCAAUACAUUCCAAUGAAUGGUGGUGUUCUGAGGACUGCUCUUGAUAUGGGAUGUGGGGUUGCCAGUUUUGGAGGAUAUUUACUAGCUCAAAACAUAUUAACCAUGUCUUUUGCUCCAAGAGAUUCACACAAAUCACAGAUACAAUUUGCACUUGAAAGAGGAAUACCGGCUUUUGUUGCCAUGCUUGGUACUCGCAGACUACCAUUUCCUGCAUUUGGCUUUGACUUAGUCCAUUGUUCUCGGUGUUUAAUCCCUUUUACAGCCUACAAUGCAACUUAUUUCAUUGAAGUGGACAGAUUACUUCGCCCUGGUGGAUAUUUAGUCAUUUCUGGUCCCCCUGUUCAGUGGCCUAAGCAAGAUAAAGAAUGGUCAGAUCUUCAGGCUGUGGCAAGAGCUUUGUGUUAUGAACUGAUUGCUGUAGAUGGUAACACUGUGAUCUGGAAAAAGCCAGCAAUGGACACGUGUCUCCCCAACCAAAAUGAAUUUGGUCUAGGCAUGUGUGAUGAUUCAGAUGACCCAAAUAUCGCAUGGUACUUCAAAUUGAAAAAAUGUGUCACUAGGAUGUCUUCUGUCAAAGGUAUUGUUGGUACAAUUUCCAAAUGGCCAGAAAGGCUCACUGCUCCUCCAGUAAGGUCCACGAUCCUAAAAAAUGGUGCUGAUGUAUAUGAGGCUGACACUAAGCGAUGGGUAAGAAGAGUUGCAUUCUAUAAGAAUUCUCUAAAAAUAAAGUUGGGGACUCCAGCUAUACGCAAUGUUAUGGACAUGAAUGCAUUUUUUGGGGGAUUUGCGGCAGCACUGAAUUCUGAUCCUGUGUGGGUAAUGAAUGUUGUUCCAUCUCACAAGCCACCCACUCUUGAUGCAAUCUUUGAUAGAGGCCUUAUUGGAGUCUAUCAUGAUUGGUGUGAACCUUUCUCAACAUAUCCUCGCACCUAUGAUCUGAUCCAUGCAACAAGCAUUGAAUCACUUAUAAAGGAUCCUGCCUCUGCCAAAAACAGAUGUAACCUUGUUGAUUUGAUAGUGGAAUUGGAUCGAAUUUUACGCCCAGAAGGAACUUUGGUGGUGAGGGAUACCCCUGAAGUAAUUGAAAGAGUAGCUCGUGUUGCACGUGCAGUGAGGUGGGAGCCCACUAUAUAUAAUAAAGAACCCGAAUCACACGGCAGGGAGAACAUUCUAGUUGCAACCAAGACUUUGUGGAAGCUCUAAUGUUCAUCCAACUAACAUAGCUGCGUCAUUUAGGUAAAAUUUCCUUCUCACCGUUUCGGUGGAUGCGGUUUUUAAGGCUAUCUUAUCUGUGCAUCAAAAGGAUGCAGUUUCCUUUCCUGUUCAGUGUUUAUAUAAAGAGAGAGUAAGGUUAGGAUCUGAGAAAAUGAAAAAAGAUGUGAGGAUUUUGUGCAGUUUUAUAUGGAAAGCACAAGCUAGUGUUAUAUUUUCUCUAUAACCAUAAGGAUAACUUGUAAUUCAGUACUUUUAUUUAUCAUUGUUUAUUUAUUGAAAACAUCCAUCACUGAUCUAA